UACUCAUUGGAAAGGCUCUUGAGGCCUACAUGGCUAUGGACGAGGAGAGGGCUCACUCUUACCCGGACCUGAAGGCGGCGCUCCUGUCCAUGGCGUUGCCAUCCCGGGAGAACCCAGCAGAGACCUACCACCGCUUAAAGGGUCUCUACCGACGAUGGAUUCGUCCAGUGCAGCACACAAAGGAGCAGAUCGGUGAGCAGAUAAUUUUGGAGCAGCUUCUACGUGUCUUCCCUGCAGACAUCCGCACCUGGGUGAAGGAGCAUGAGCCCAUAGAUGGACUAGCUGCGGCCAAGCUAGCGCAACAGUACAUCAACGCACGAAGGGGAGGCCCAGCUUCAUACCAAGGUGGUCCCCGUCGUCAGCCUUCUUCCCAGCCCAGACCAGCAGCCAGAGCCAACCCACAUCUGCCGGGAGAACGCCGCUCUGCACCCAGCCAGCACAGUUCCAGUAAGGAGCUCAUCUGCUUUUACUGUCAGCAGGCAGGCCACAAAGCUUCUCUAUGCCCCAUCAGAAAAGCUAAACUGAGUGGUGCAUGCUACACUCCCCGUGCUGAGGAUGGAAGAGCUGUGGGAAGGUGGCAGCAUUUUAAAGACAUUACCAUCUAUGGUGAACCUGUGACUGCUCUGGUUGACUCGGUUAGCUUUCUGACGCUGGUCCAGAGGGAUUUAGUGCCAACGGGCAUUGUGGACUAUAGCAGACAGGAGGACAUUUUGUGCGUGCACGGGGACAGCCAUUCCUGCCCUACUGCUGAUCUGACUGUGGUAGUGGAUGAGCAACCCUAUUUGAUGACUGUGGGGGUGGUGGAAAAGCUGCCUGUAGCUGCCAUACUGGGAUGGGACUUACCGGUGCUACUUGAUGUGCUGCUGGAUGUGGAGGCCAAAGACAGUGACGGGGUUAAGGGCUUGUCCGGUCAGGUGAUCACCCGCGCCCAGGCCAGAGCGGGGGUGACGUCCGACCCAUGGCAGAGAAAGGGACCAGAUCCAGAACCCUUUUCAACCCUGGACAGCAGUUUGUUUGAGGGGGGCACAAAGGGCCCGAGGAAGUCUCGCUGCCAGCGGCGUUUUGAAAAGGGGCUUAAAACCAGGCAGCCAGACUGUAAAGAGGGACUAACAAAGGACAUAUGGAAGGUGCCUGGGGACAUUGGGGCCUUGCAAAGGGUGGAUGGGACUCUUAAGACAUUGUUCACCAAAGCAGUUGGGGGGCUGGAUAUGGCAAAGGAGGGAAAAGAAUGCUUUGUCAUUGACAAGGAUGUCCUGUAUGCACUGGCUGAUGGGGUCAAGCGUCUCGUGGUUCCUGGGUCAUGUCGACCAAUGAUAAUGCACCUGGCACACACCUUGCCUUGGUCUGGUCAUCUUGGUCGCAACAAAACCUAUCUGCGCCUAGCCUCCAGAUUCUAUUGGCCCUCCAUGUAUACAGAUGUCCAAACUUUCUGCAGAACCUGUCCCACCUGCCAGAAAACCUGCUAUGUCUGCCAAUCAGACCGUGCCUACCUCCAGCCUCUGCCCAUUAUCUCCACCCCUUUUAGGCGUAUAGCCAUGGACAUUGUUGGCCCGUUGGUGCGAAGCAGUAGAGGGCAUCAGUACAUUCUGGUGGUCUGUGAUUAUGCCACAAGGUUUCCUGAAGCCUUUCCUUUGUGCACUGUCACUGCCCCUGCUGUGCUGCGGUGUCUUGCCCAGCUGUUCUCCAGGGUUGGUGUUCCAGACGAGAUCAUAACAGACCAGGGGACAAACUUCACCUCCAGGCUCCUGCAGCUCUUCCAUCGACAGUUGGGCAUUGCAGUGAUCAAGACCACCCCAUACCACCCGCAGACUGAUGGGUUGGUUGAACGGUUCAACCAAACCCUGAAGAAGAUGCUGCAGAAGUUCGUCGCCGACACCGGACGGGACUGGGACCAGUGGUUGCCCUUCCUGUUUGCCUACAGGGAAGUCCCUCAAGCUUCCACUGGUUUCUCCCCGUUUGAGCUACUGUACGGCUGGGAUGUCCAGGGGCCGCUGGACCUGCUGCUAAAGACCUGGGAGGCUCCUGCAAGCUGUUCGCUGCUAACCCAGGGAAGACUUACCUGGUGGAGCACGUCACCGCCUGAAAGACAGGGGGCCGGUUCGCCAGAGGUCCUAUCGAGUGCCCCAACACCUGGUGGCAAAGCUCCUGAAGGAGGUGGAGGAGAUGCAGCGUCUGGGGGUAAUCGAGCCAUCGACGGCUCACUCCGCAUCUGCAUCGACUUCAGGAAGCUCAACGCAAUGUCGGAGUUCGAUGCCUACCCAAUGCCCCGGAUUGACGACCUACUGGAGAAGAUUGGCCAGGCCAGGUUCAUCACCACCCUGGACCUCUGCAAGGGCUACUGGCAGGUACCCCUAGAAGCAUCCAAUCGUCCCUACACUGCUUUCCAGACACCGGCCGGCCUCUUCCAGUUCACUGUGAUGCCCUUCGGCCUCCAUGGUGCACCUGCCACUUUCCAGAGACUGAUGGACUGCGUCCUGCAGGGGUGCGAGGACUGCAGUGCUGCUUACCUGGAUGAUGUGGUCAUCUUCAGUGACACCUGGGAGCAGCACCUGUGUCAUCUGGAGCGAGUCCUCGGCCAGAUCCAGCAGGCGGGUCUGACACUGAAUCCUGCCAAGUGCGAGGUCCGACCACAGGUGGACAAGGUCGAGGCCAUCCGCGGCUGCCCACGCCCACGCACGAAGAAGGAGGUGAGGUCCUUCUUGGGCUUGGCUGGCUGGUACAGGAGAUUUGUCCCGCAGUUCGCCACCAUCGCUGCUCCUCUGACAGCUCUGACAGCGAAGGACCAGAGGAACCCGGUCGCCUGGAAUGAGGACUGCGAGACCGCAUUCCAAACCCUCAAGGCCUGCUUGUGCUCUUCUCCAGUGCUGAGGAGUCCCGACUUCAGCCAGCGGUUCUUGGUCCAGACUGACGCUUCUGCCGUGGGACUGGGGGCAGUCCUGGCCCAGGGUGAUCCUGGGGAAGAACAACCGGUGCUGUACCUGAGCCGCAAGCUGCUGCCCCGUGAAACCAGGUACUCCACUGUGGAGAAGGAGGGCCUGGCCAUUAAAUGGGCCCUGGAGAGUCUGAGAUACUACCUGCUGGGGAGGGAAUUUGACUUGGAGACCGACCAUCGCGCUCUGAUCUGGAUGAACUUCAUGAAAGAUCAUAACAGCCGUCUCACUCGCUGGUACCUCUCCCUCCAGCCUUUCCAGUUCCAGAUCAGACAUCGAGCUGGCAAGACCAAUGUUGUGGCAGAUUAUCUCUCCAGGUUGCCGCACAUCGCCAACCUCGGGGAGGAGGGGGAUAAUGUGACGGGGCGCCCGUGAACGCUCCGUCAUGCCCUAACCGGCGUGCGUUUCUCUCUCUCUUGGCCGAAGAGAAAGCGCCCGUGCCGGGAGCGCACAGCGCGCAGCGCUCCCACUGUUCCUGCGGAGCCAUGCUCCAGUUAAAACUGUUCCUUGCAGGCCCGCACUUGUGUCCCGCGGUCAUGCACUCCCACAAACUUUUCCCCACUGUCCGAACUCUUUUCUUCACGCUAGGCGUUCGAGGGUGCACACUCGGCGCUGACGCAACACACACGUAUAUACACUUACCUGCUGCUGCUGCCUCUGGUUGCCUCCGGGCAUGGGCCAAACUGAGGCACUUCCUGGACACAUCAUAUAUAGCGCUUGGUGGCGCGCUUAAGAGGGUCAGGUGACCAUGGACUAUACCAUCGACAUUGUAUGAACUGAUAUUUUAUGAUUUAUUUUGGUUUGGGGGUAUUUGGCCAUCGCUGUAUGAAGGGCGAUUAGUGCCAUUUUUCUUUUAUGCGAAGUAUCAUUGAUUUUUGAAUUUAUGUUUGUUGUGUUGUCAAAUUUGACUGUACAAUGCUAUAAUUUGGUAAUUGGUUUGCCCGGGGGAGGGGCUAAGAAUAUAUAAGGGGGAGCUCUGCUCAUUUAGGUUGGUUGGGUUUUUGGUCGUGGCUAAGUAACAAUGUGGGUGACAAACUGCCAGUGUGAAACCUGUCGUGUAAAUACCUUUUUUUUGUUAUUAGGGUUUUUUCCCCACUCCUGUACUGUAAAUAUUUUUGCCACUCUUGUUUGGGGGAACUUGGUGUGAAUAAAAAAUCACCACGCUGAAGUUUCUCGUCGUCUGAGCCAUCAUUGAAAGCGAACCCGCGACAAGCUGCGUUGAUGGAACACCCCUCUGGUCACAUGGUUUUGCUCGUUUAUGAUUUGGGUUGUAGGUUUAAGGACUGCCUUGCAUUAUUAAUUAGCUUAUGGGAUUGUGUACUUGGGUUCAUACUCGUGUAUUCUUAAAUGGGUUAAUGUAUGCUGGGUUUUACUGAGAGUAUUGUGUUUUCUUCAGCAAAACCAUGAGGUGUGAUGGAGAGCGGCUCUGUUUUAUGAAAGGGGAACUGGCCUAGUGCCCAGAGGGAGAAAGAAAAAGAAGAAAAACCAGUGAAAACAGACCAGGUCUGGUUGCUAUCCAGAAUUCUGUAUUUAAGGUACUGUACCCCAACCUGCAUGAAAUGCCAAUGGAAGAUGCUGGUCCCUUUGCCCCCCUGAAUGCAGUAUAAAUGUUGAGUGAUUUUGGUUUUGGCAGCUUUUUCAAUUUCACCAAUGUAUACAUUCUAUCAUAUGAAUCAGAUUUGUGAUGUCCGGUUUCCACUUUGCAUGCAGGGGAGCUCCUUGUCCUGGGUACCUGUUGAUUAUAUAUGGGGAAUACUGGAGCAGUUAUUUGUCAAUCUUCUUGUUGUGGUGAUUGAAUCGGGAUGGUGGGAGUUGAGAACCUCCAGGAAUUCCUAAAAAUGCAGCGACUGAGCUCGCCACCGUCCAAAGUUGUUAUCAAGAAUCGAACUGCCAAUCUUCUGAUUAGUGGAUGACCCACUCUACAUCCUGAACCACAGCUGCCCAAUGUUGUGUAACCUGGCAUGCGGCAUGGGAGCUCCUUCCCCUGUAGAGGCCAGUCACUGGUGGUAUCUCUGACAGCAGUUACAGUGUUGGAGAUGUCAUUAAACAUGACAAAUCUGUCCACAACUUGGGAAACAACAUCAUGGAGUUAGCUCCUUUUCACGUCUGGUGAACCAGUCCUAAUGUGGUCGGGGAUGAAGCCCUCUGGGACAUCUGCAGAGACAUAUUUUAAUAAAAAAUGUGAUGAUGACAAAUGCAUAUUUGUGGAUGAAAAACACAUGACAAAAGAGCUAUGAAAUUUAAACAACAUUGUAAAAAUAAUUCAGAUACCUUGUAAAACAAUUGCAGUGAUAUUUUCAAAUUUUAGAACAAUUUCUUGCAAACAUUACACAAUUUCAAGUAUUUCAGAUCUGGUGGCUCUGUUAUGCUUGGGGGGCAAUUUGCUGCCAUGGUUUGGGUCCACUUGUCCCCUCAG